CAGCGCCAGGGAUACUGCCGCCCCAGUCCAUAUGCGUACUGCCGCCUCAGUCCAUAUGCGUACCAAUGACUCGGGCGCGCUGCACCAUACUCCCUUCUGUUUGAAGAGAGAAAACGAGGAGGACUUUGCUUGGUGAACGAAAGGAAGGAGGAAAGCGAAGUGGCACUCUGAUCUGCAACCGAGGAGGCUGGCAGGGAAACGUUGGAAUGACUUUAGCCAGCCAGGCUUGACGCAUAAUCCCGCCCAGCCAAGCUGUUCGAGAGAGAGAGUCUUGCCUGCUUCAACUCAUAUCCUCACCAGAUAAUAUUUACUAAGGACUGCUGCCUCAUUCACACACUCUCAUACCGGGAAAAGGCUAUUUCUUUGACCCAUUUCACUGCAUUCCACUGCACAGCAGAGGAGGCACGUUUUGAAGACAUUUUGAUCAUUUGAAACUACUUAGGUUAUUUUCGUCUUUUUUUAACGAGGCAAGACGGAGGCAACCACCACCCAUUCUGUCGAGGUUAAAUGCGCUAGAAUUACUAAAGCCACACAUUUGUAAAGCACUGUCACAGCAUAGGCUAAAACCUCCUAUUUGAAGCGCACUAAGACGUGGACGGGACUUGACAAUAUCGCUAUUUGAUCAUUCCGCUAUAUCUACCAGAGAGUUCGAGUCAAGAUGACAGCCCUCACGCUGGUCUUGCGGUCCGCCUGCUGCUGAGGGUAACGUCCAGGAUGUCUUUUAACGGUCUCAGGAUCCAGAACCAACCGAUUUAUCAAUGGAGGAGGAGAGUGACACCCGCAAGAUCAACAACAGCUUUCUACGCGACCACAACUAUGCCACUGAAGCUGACAUCAUCUCCACGGUGGAGUUUAACCCUUCGGGGGAGCUGCUGGCCACAGGGGACAAAGGAGGAAGAGUGGUGGUCUUCCAGAGAGAGCAGGAGACUAAAAGCGAGCCCCAGAGGCGAGGGGAGUAUAAUGUGUACAGUACGUUCCAGAGUCAUGACCCAGAGUUUGACUACCUGAAGAGUCUGGAGAUCGAGGAGAAGAUCAACAAGAUCAGAUGGCUGCCACAGCAGAAUGCUGCCUACUUCCUCCUCUCCACCAACGACAAGACAGUGAAGCUCUGGAAGAUCAGUGAGAGAGACAGACGACCAGAGGGAUACAACCUGAAGGAUGAAGACGGACGAAUCAGAGACCCAUCUACAAUCACCUCAUUACGGGUUCCUGUCCUCCAGAACACAGAUCUGAUGGUGGAGGCGACAGCGCGGCGUGUGUUCAGUAACGCCCACACCUACCACAUCAACUCCAUCUCUGUGAACUCUGACCUCCAGACCUACAUCUCCACCGACGACCUCAGGGUCAACUUGUGGAACCUGGAGAUCACCGACCAGAGCUUCAACAUCGUGGACAUUAAGCCGUGUAACAUGGAGGAUCUGACGGAGGUGAUUACAGCAGCAGAGUUUCAUCCUCAGCAGUGUAACACCUUGGCUUACAGCAGCAGUAGAGGGUCAGUACGACUCUGUGACAUGAGGAAACAGGCGCUCUGCGACACACACUGCAAGUUCUUUGAGGAGCCAGAGGACCCCUCCACUCGUUCAUUUUUCUCAGAGAUCAUCUCUUCCAUCUCAGACAUCAAGUUUAGUCACAGCGGGCGCUUCUUGAUGACAAGGGACUACCUGACGGUCAAGGUGUGGGACCUCAACAUGGAGACCAGACCGGUCCAGACAUACCAGGUCCAUGACUACCUGAGGGGUAAACUGUGUUCUCUGUACGAGAACGACUGCAUCUUCGACAAGUUUGAGUGUGUCUGGAACGGGUCAGACAGUGUCAUAAUGACGGGGUCAUAUAAUAAUUUCUUCCGGAUGUUUGAUCGGAACACCAAGAAAGAUGUGACUCUGGAGGCUUCCAGAGAGAACAGCAAACCCCGGGCCAUCCUCAAACCACGCAAGGUGUGUGUGGGUGGGAAGCGUCGUAAAGACGAGGUGACUGUUGACAGUCUGGACUUCAGUAAGAAGAUCCUCCACUCCGCCUGGCACCCACAGGAAAACAUCAUCGCCGUGGCAGCCAGUAACAACCUCUACAUCUUCCAGGACAAGGUCACCUAGGCAGAAGAGGAAAAGGAUGGAGUGGAGAUAGAGAGACACGAGGAGAGGAAUGGAGGGGAGAUAGAGAGACACGAGGAGAGGAAUGGAGGGGAGAUAGAGAGACACGAGGAGAGGAAUGGAGGGGAGAUAGAGAGACACGAGGAGAGGAAUGGAGGGGAGAUAGAGAGACACGAGGAGAGGAAUGGAGGGGAGAUAGAGAGACACGAGGAGAGGAAUGGAGGGGAGAUAGAGAGACACGAGGAGAGGAAUGGAGGGGAGAUAGAGAGACACGAUGAGAGGAAUGGAGGGUAGAUAGAGAGACACGAGGAGAGGAAUGGAGUGGAGAUAGAGAGAUGAGGAGAGGAAUGGAGGGGAAAUAGAGAGACACGAGGAGAGGAAUGGAGGGGAGAUAGAGAGAUGAGGAGAGGAAUGGAGGGGAAAUAGAGAGACACAAGGAGAGGAAUGGAGGGGAGAUAGAGAGAUGAGGAGAGGAAUGGAGGGGAAAUAGAGAGACACAAGGAGAGGAAUGGAGGGGAGAUAGAGAGACAAGGAGAGGAAUGGAGGGGAGAAAGAGAGAUGAGGAGAGGAAUGGAGUGGAGAUAGAGAGAUGAGGAGAGGAAUGGAGGGGAAAUAGAGAGACACAAGGAGAGGAAUGGAGGGGAGAUAGAGAGACGAGGAGAGGAAUGGAGGGGAGAUAGAGAGACGAGGAGAGGAAUGGAGGGGAGAUAGAGAGAUGAGGAGAGGAAUGGAGGGGAGAUAGAGAGAUGAGGAGAGGAAUGAAGGGGAGAUAGAGAGACACAAGGAGAGGAAUGGAGGGGAGAUAGAGAGACACGAGGAGAGGAAUGGAGGGGGGAUAGAGAGGCGAGAGGAGAGGAAUGAAGGGGAGUUAGAGACACGAGGAGAGGAAUGGAGGGGAAAUAGAGAGGCGAGAGGAUUGGAGGCGAGUUAGAGAGACAUGAGGAGAGGAAUGGAGGGGAGAUAGAGAGGCGAGAGGAUUGGAGGCGAGUUAGAGAGACAUGAGGAGAGGAAUGGAGGGGAGUUAGAGACACAAGGAGCGGAAUGGAGGGGCGAUAGAGACACGAGGAGAGGAAUGGAGGGGAGUUAGAGAGACACGAGGAGAGGAAUGGAGGGGAGUUAGAGAGACACGAGGAGAAGAAUGGAGGGGAGAUAGAGAGACACGGGGAGAGGAAUGGAGGGGAGUCAGAGACACGAGGAGAGGAAUGGACGGGAGUUAGAGACACGAGGAGAGGAAUGGAGGGGAGUUAGAGACACGAGGAGAGGAAUGGAGUGGAUAUAGAGAGACAUCUCCCCUCCGUUCCUCCUCCUCUCCUCAUGUCUCUCUAUCUUCCCUCCAUUCCUCCUCCUCUCCUCAUGUCUCUCUAUCUCCCCUCCAUUCCUCCUCCUCUCCUCGUGUCUCUCUAUCUCCCCUCCAUUCCUCCUCCUCUCCUCGUGUCUCUCUAUCUCCCCUCCAUUCCUCCUCCUCUCCUCUUGUCUCUCUAUCUCCCCUCCGUUCCUCCUCCUCUCCUCUUGUCUCUCUAUCUCCCCUCCAUUCCUCCUCCUCUCCUCUUGUCUCUCUAUCUCCCCUCCAUUCCUCCUCCUCUCCUCUUGUCUCUCUAUCUCCCCUCCAUUCCUCCUCCUCUCCUCUUGUCUCUCUAUCUCCCCUCCAUUCCUCCUCCUCUCCUCUUGUCUCUCUAUCUCCCCUCCAUUCCUCCUCCCUUCCUCUUGUCUCUCUAUCUCUCCUCCAUUCCUCCUCCUCUCCUCGUGUCUCUCUAUCUCCCCUCAAUUCCUCCUCCUCUCCUCGUGGCUCUCUAUCUCCCCUCCGUUCCUCCUCCUCUCCUCUUGUCUCUCUAUCUCCCCUCCAUUCCUCCUCCUCUCCUCUUGUCUCUCUAUCUCCCCUCCAUUCCUCCUCCUCUCCUCUUGUCUCUCUAUCUCCCCUCCAUUCCUCCUUCUCUCCUCUUGCCUGCCUGUAAGCCAGAUAUGGCUGGAGGGAAUGCUGGAAUUCCCGGAAUAGGAAUUUGUAGAACACACUUGAGAAUUCCCGCUCCGAAUGUGGCAGAGUUCAGCCUGGAUAAAGUUAAAGAUGAAGACAGAUGGUUCUUCUAGUCCUGAGUGGAAUGAAGCUAGCCGCCUGCUCUGGCCUGAACAAGCCUCUCCGUGGCCUUCAGUUAACUGUUUUAUUUAUUCAUUUGGAUGACACAUGAAGGAGCACUGGAGCAUUGUGAUGCAACCAGAGUAAGACUGGACUUGACUUGACUGGAGUCACACAUGAACUGAGAUGAACAGAGACGUAGCAGAACACGCUGUCUGACCAGGUGCCAUUUUGUCUCGGUUGCAAGAUGUGAGAGGACACUUUUUCGAGAACACAGACAUUUAUGGAGGCUAAAAAAGUAUCUCCAACACUUUUUCCUCCUGUCCCCCUGUUCCCCUGUCCCCCUGUCCUCCUGUCCUCCUGUUCCCCUGUCCUCCUGUCCCCCUGUCCCCCUGUCCUCCUGUCCCCCUGUCCCCCUGUCCUCCUGUCCCCCUGUCCUCCUGUCCCCCUGUCCUCCUGUCCUCCUGUCCCCCUGUCCUCCUGUCCCCCUGUCCUCCUGUCCCCCUGUCCCCCUGUCCUCCUGUCCCCCUGUCCCCCUGUCCUCCUGUCCCCCUGUCCUCCUGUCCCCCUGUCCUCCUGUCCUCCUGUCCCCCUGUCCUCCUGUCCCCCUGUCCUCCUGUCCCCCUGUCCCCCUGUCCUCCUGUCCCCCUGUCCUCCUGUCCUCCUGUCCCCCUGUCCUCCUGUCCUCCUGUCCUCUCCAGCCAUCAGGCCAGAUCUUUCCCAUCCCAUCUGGAGGUUUAGACAGGAGGCCACUGGACAUGAACAUAACUGUUAGACAACUAACUGAACCUUCAUUAUAGCACUGAAAGGGGUCUGUCUCACAGUAUCCUCACUUGCAUACCACUGACCGUAAACCAAUGUCUUAGAUAGUAUGCUGUGGAUAUUGGGACGAAUACAGUCUGACAGUAUGGAUGUUUCAGCCUGUCUCUGGCGUGAGACUGUCUUUAAUAAUGUGAAUGAUGUGAUUAGGCCUCUUUGAGGCCAGAUCGAUGUUUUUAUUUUAUUUAAUGAUGUAGUUUUUUCUGUGAGUUUCUUUUUCUUGUCAAUGAUUCUGUUUUUGAAGCUGUGGUGCCUUAUUUUUUCUUAU